UCCCAGAUUAAAAUAAUUUGCACAUGCCUGUGAUUUUAUUAAGUACCAGUAUUUAUUACUCGUAAUUUAUAUGUUUGCAUAAUAACGUUAAUUGUCGUUCGCCGGUUCUUCUUAAGCAAAUAACGACAAUUAUUUGCACGAAAAAGAAGACAAAACUGAAAUUAAAGUGUGUGCAUUUAAUCAAUUCAUCGGCUUCAAAAAAGUCUGAAUAGCUCCAUUUGUUUAUGUUUAUAGUUAUAACUAAUCACCGCCAAAACGACCUUUUCUAUAUGAAUUGAAUGGAAAUGUAAAUAGAAUGCGGCCAUGAGUUGAUUCGUUGUAUUGUGCAGCAUUCGCUUAGUCGUUGUAUUACGCCUGUGUACGUGCAGAAAGUGACAUCGUCAAGCGCUGCGGUGCACAAGAAGGAGAAGGUGGGGUUGUGGUUGUCGUCGCUGUAGUUGUCUCUGCAUUGCCAUUGUUUUUACCCAUUUUUUUGCCGUGCGGCACGUGGCGCGCAGCUCGGGAAAAGGGCGCGCAAGCGAAAAAGGUUCGUGUGUGUUUUUCAGUUUGUGUGUCGCGUUGUGUUUUGCUCUUUCAACUUCGCCACAGACUGAUAGAAGAUGUCGAAAACAGGCGAGAGCAAGCGUGUAUCUUUAACCACCAUUAGCCAGAGCCUUGCGUCUUCGUCCUUGAACAAUGAGGCGGGACUCGGUGCUAUGCCGGCCUUCUCACGGUUUGGUGAGUUUUUGGCGCCAGAAGCGCCCGCACCCGGCAAAAAUAAUUCCAGCAAAAACAGCAAUAAGUGCGUUAGACUUAAUCUUGAGCUGUUCGAAACCGAUUCCACCACGUAUCCAGAGUUCAACUUUUCCAAGCUGGUGCAUUUGGAGAAGAAAAAGGCCAAGAAAUCGAAAGUAAAAACGAACAGUGGGGAUCCUUUUGCUGAUAACGAUGAUGAUGUGGCGCGUAUUGCUAAGGAAAUGGAGAAUAAAUAUGGAAAUGCUUAUGCCAGUGGAAGGGGGCGCAGAAAAGACGACUUUUGUGACAUAGGCAUGGGCUAUGAUGAGAGCGACUCCUUUAUAGACAAUACAGAUGCGUAUGACGAAGUCGUACCCGAGGAUGUCGAAACAAUCGCUGGAGGCUUUUAUAUCAAUUCCGGUGCACUCGAAUUUAAAAACCUUACCAAGCGAUCGUACACAACGCGUACGGAUGCUAUCAUAAAAAUGCCUGAGCGAUCGCGCAAACGUGUGCUCUCCAGCAGCUCAGAGGAAUCAUCCUCUUCAGAAGAUGACGAUGACGACGAGGACGAGGAUGAUGAUGAGGAGGAUGACGACGAUGAUGAUGAAAAUGACUCAGAAAGCGAAAGCUUGGAUGAUGAGGAUGAUGGCCCGGCAUCUGCCAAGUCGAAGAAAAAGUACAAAUCCGGAGAGAAGAGGUCAAAGUCCAGCAUAUCCACCAAGCAAAAGGACAACAAACUGAAUCUAAAUAACAAGAAGCCAAGCAAAAAGCUAGCCAUUACCACUUCAUCCUCUUCGAACUCACCGCGUCCCAGUGUCCUCGAAACAUCGGACACCGAUGAGAGGCAGGCUCAAGCCCUUAAGAAGGUGGUUAAAACAACCACCGUUAAGGAUAUGUUGAAAGCGAAACGCGACAGCUUCCUUAAAUCUCAAGGCGAUAAUGCGGUUAAAGGUGUCGUUAAUGGCGAAGUCAAAUGCACGUCCACGGAUGUCGAGACUAGCAGCGAGAAUGGCGGUACAGAUUCAGCAACAGAGCAAGGCGCAAGGGCAGAUAAGCAUACGAAGGGAAAGGAAAUCACCGAGAACCUGCGAUCGGCAGAUACAAUUUUGCCACCCACAUUGGAUGUAGAACUCCUUUCGUGCAUAAAUACUUUCAAAGAAAUUGUUAGAAGUCGGGAUAUGUGCGGAAAAUUAGUCUUUGAUGACAAGCUGACGGCACUCUUACUCAAGAUCGAUGAAGCACUGCUUUGCUUCGAUCGAAAUGAGCGCAACAUGGUCUUUGCGCACUUGGAAUAUCAACUAACCCUGCCCAAAUACUUUAUCUUGCGCAAGUCCAAGGCUUUACGCGCAAAGGAGGAGAAGAAUAAAACAACAUUGGCGCUAGACAAUCUGCGCAAGGCGAUUGCAAAGAUUAUGCCAAGAGCCAUAGAAAACUAUGAAAUAAAGCUACGCAAAUAUGCCGAGCUGCAAGCUGGCGAAUUGAAUGCGGAACAUCCACCGAAAUUGCCACGCAAAAAGUUUCAGUGGAACACUGAGCUACGCGAACUUCUUUACGAAGUCUAUCAGGCGCGCUGGACAUCCUAUGCUGUGCUAGGCAAGCGCAAGGAUUCGCUGGAGGAGUUUAUAAAUGGGUAUAUGAAGGAGAAGGUAGUCGAUAUAUGGGCCAAAGGUUGGAUGACCUAUGAGGAGUUACAGCGCGAAAUUGACCGUCACAAAGCGGCUAUUAAGGAGGCCAAGGAGAAGAACAAGAAGCUGAUUGCAUCAUGUUCAACGACAACAUCGACUUGUGCCAGUCCUCUGGCAGUAGAGGAGCUCGCGACUUCGGCGCAAAGUCGUUCCUGCGCUAACUCAGACACGGAUUCUGCUACAAGUGCCUCAUCAAAUAGUCUCAAGCGCAAGUUGAAGGAAGCGUCGACAACAGCGGCCCCAAGUCCUAAACAGAUUGCCAAGGCGCCAAGGAUAAGAAAGGUUCAAAAGACAACCAAUCAAACGGCUGUGCCGCAUUUGGAUACUUUACUUGAGAUGCCCAGCACUUCGGCGCAGGCCGCUGCCUUAAAUGCGGCAAUGGCGACAACAAUUGAUUUGGCCUCGCCACCUAAGAAGACCGAUCAUAGUAUCUUUAAUAUUAUGACGCCACCUAUUGUGGCUACGACCAAUAGUAUGGCUGUCAAUAGCAACCUACAACAGCAGCAGGUCCAACAACCAUUACAUUCCAAAAUAAUGCCGCAUGUCAUCAAUCUGGAUGACUACAAGAGUCCCAGUGACAUAUUGCAUACGUCAAAGCAGCUGGCAGCUACAAACUAUACCACAACUGCUGGACGUGGAGACGGCGCCAAUUGGCAGGCCAGUGUUGGACGUCGUGAGAGCAGCAGCGAAUCUGAUUGUGUGGAAGUUGUUGGAGUUUUUCCAGCAGCUGCUGCAGGAAAGUCAAAAGCUCCCACCAAAUCCAGGGCCAAUCACAAAACGAAGACUGUGCCUACGGCAACUGUACCCAGACUGCCACAAGUUUCUGCAAACGGAACUUCGCUUGGCUUCAGCAUGGAUAACCUGUAUAUGUUUAACAACAAUACAAAUCUUGCUGGUGCCACCAUUGCCUCCACCUUGAAUGCUGUCAGUACCGUCGAUCUCAUGAACAAUCCGCAGAUUAUGCAAACGUUGUCCGAGUUAAAAAAGCUAGAGAAGAAAAGGUGGUCAGCACCGUCCACCCACACAUUGCCCGCCGGCGGUAGCCUAAAGGGUGCCAAUACGGGUGCGGGAGCGGGUGCUUCAACUCAUCAAUGACCAGCGCUGAAUGCCACACAGUCUACGGCAGUGUCGGCAUUCUAUAAUCAUGAACAGGCCGUUGCCGCAGCCCUUGUGCUCUCGUCCAUGAGUGCGCCCGUCUAUGACAAACAUCUGGGUCUUCUGAAUGGUGGUUUGCCAGCAACGACUUUAAGCGGAACGUCUCCCCACACACUGCCACAAGUAUUUCUUAAGCCUUCCCCACCACCAGCUGCUGCCUCUGCUGUUCCUUCUUCUGCUGUCGAAGUCAUGAGCAGUAGUGGCGCAUCUUUAUCACCAUCCAUUACACAAACAACAUCAACGCAACAACCCACAAAGUUUUUUUAGAAGAAGCUAAGUUAUUGUGCCCUGAUUUGUAUGUAUCUCCUAGACUCCCAUUACCUAUUACCAUAUUGAGAUCAGAAUUAUAAGCUCGUAGGCUUCAUACGUGGGGAGUCACGGAUAUCCUUUCCCACAGUUUGUGAACAAAUGUCAUGAUGUGCAUUUGCAAAAGGUCCAACCUAUACAAAGAUGAUCGACAAUCGUCAAUGCGUCCUUCUGUUUAAUCGCACCAGUCUAAUAUCCAGCUUCGCCCUAGUCUUACUUUUUAUUAUUUUGUAAAAAGUUGCGUUGCUAAUGGUUUUGCUGUUGAGAAUUGAAAUAACAAUCUCUCAAUUAGUCAGAAGUCGUCACAGAGAUUUUGUUAAACCAGUUGAGAAGCCAACAAUUCAUAAUUACAAGCUAAAGCUGAGUCCAAUCGGUUUUAAUAUCAUUUUAAUUUUUUAAGUUUAUAAUUUAAAUCGAAACUUGUAGAACUUUGGGGAAGGGUACCUCUCAGUUCGGUGUGAGUAGAAGUUGCGUUCCUUUCUUGUUUGUUGUUGCCCAUCACCACCAACUACACCAGUACUUAGACAGAAUCAGCGCAAGUUAAUCUAGUUAUUUAUAGCGAACCAUUUUUAUUAAAUAAAAGAAAUAUAAGUUAUACAAUAAAAAACAAA